CUAAUCUACACGGACUAAAAUUACACAGCUGAAAGUUGUUAUUAUUUUUUUGCUGAUGUACCGUACCAGAUGCAGAGACAGAUUUUUGAAUGAGAUAUACCUGAUGACACCUUUCUAAGAUCCGGAUCGGGUGUGAUAUCUCCUCCAAGAUGGAGACCGGACGGGGACUACAUCAGAAUCUCAAGGUUCGAUGGGACCGUUACACGUCCUGUAACCAGGAAACACAGUCUGAGAAGAAGUCUGAAUACCUUGGUGACUUCCUGGAACAUCUCAUUUCAAUGUCCAUGAAUUCUUCUAUAGAUACGGAGGAUCUUUACAACUUUUGCAAUGAUGUACACAGCACCUUCAAUAUACUUGCCCUUGAGUUCAUGACCUCUGUGAAGGACAUUUCCACCAAGCCACCGGCAGCCUUGGCGGCGCCGGCUUCAAUGACUGAUUUCCACAGAACUCUAGACAGCGCCAUCUCUAGUCAGGUAUCCCCAGAGCUUCCACAGGCUGAUUUGAUGGACUUUCUGAUGCACGGGAGAGGAUGGCUGCUUCUCAAUGCUAUGUCUAUACUCGCCACACAGGCCCUAUCACACCAUGUUGAAUUUAUCCGUCUGCUGAUCGCUCUCCUGGAAGAAGCCCUUAAGGUGCCUGUGAAAUCUAGACCCAUUCGAGAUGUGGCCACUCUGGUGCCACCGAUGGAAACGUGCUUUCCUGCCAAGCUAAACGGGAGACGAACCAGUCAAGUAGAAUCGCCUACCACGAUGGCGUCUCAUCUUACUCAUGAUGUCUAUCGCAGAAAAACAGCCUUUCUACGCACAACUACUUCCUACCAGGGAGGUGGGAAGCUACCUAGGACAGCGGUAGGCAGCCAGCGUAGGAAGAGCAUGCUGCCACACGGCAGAGAACAAGAAAGCACAGAUUCUGAGAAUGAGACUGGAAGACGGUACAGAGGCAGGCACGCGUCUGGCAACGUUAGAAAGCACAAAGUGACAGCUAACUAUCUCAUGGCCUUCAGGAACUCUAUUCCAAAGUACCAGUGGAAUGGGGGGAACCUGAUCAUCAGGCACAGGAUGAGUAUUGAUGAUGGACUCUCAGGUAUGGAUCUUUCCAGCACUACGCCAUUCGACCUGUGCAUAACUCUCUUAUCCCUCUUGGAGAAGUUGUGCUCUAGUGAAGCCAUGAAUGCAGCUCACAGAAACUCCCUUAGUCUCUUCCUAGCGCCACAGCUUACCAACUUGCUUAUUAAGAUUGAUCACCAGUGCUCUGGCCAGGGUAUCCACUUGGACUACAACUGGGGACCAGAACUCCUGGGAGCACUUAAGAGACUUAUCCUGCGCAUUGUGUUGAAGGUUUGCCUGUACAGCCUGACACAGCAUCAGAAGAUUCUUGAGCUGUCUUCCAGUGGGUUGCUGCAAUCACUCCUAUCAGAGGCUAAGAGCUCUGCUCAAAAGAUCAUGCAUUCUCUGUCAGAGAGGUCAAAGGAGAAAGAAGAUGAUUUUGCUCGAGAUGAGGCAGAUGAACCUGAGGUGUCAGACUCUGUGUUUGAAGGAUCAGGUGAAGACCAUGGAAGCUCGCAUGGAAGGGAUUCAGCCAAGAACAGGUUUGAUUGUGAUGCUGCAGGUAUGACAUACAUCAGUGAAAUUCUCCAAGGUGUGCUUCUCCUCCUCUCGUAUGUGAUGUACAGUUGCCAUGACAACCAGACUGUUUUGACGCAGGGAUUAGCCAUGUUGAAUGAAUUUGAAGAAAAUGGAGGAUAUCAACUCUUCCUCAUGGUGAUUGAGGCAAUGGAUGGUUUGCUGUCUAGUGGUGAGGAUGAUGGUGAGAAGGUUCACAGCAUCAAGGAGAUCAUUAUCUCUUUGGUAACAUGCAUGUGUAAGCUCACCACUGCUACCAAGAAAGCCAAGUUGGAGUACCUCCAUAAAUUCCAGUGCCUAAAGAGAACACACAGUAAUUGUGAUUACAGUCAUUACAUGCAUCACCAUCACAGCAUGCUAGGAAUGACCUACACUGCCUUUGAGGAAGACAAGCAGGGACACUCUGACUCUGGUCAUGUUGCAAGUGGUGGAUUGAUGGACAGGAAUCCCAUUAGAGCAAACAGGAGCAAGUGCUGCAUUGCCACAGUAGUGGAUGUGGUCUUGGAAUUGAUUUCUAAAGUGCAAUGUCGAGUAACCCUUGUGCGGUUACUAGGAAUGUUAGAACAAGGAGGGAUCUGUUGUUGCAUACCACCACACAUAAUCCUCAGCAAACUGUUGCAUUCCAUCGAAAAUAGAUCCCUGGCGCUGUCAAAUUAUCUUCUUAGUGUCAUAGCGAAGUUGAUCCUGGAACAGUUGCGUGGUGGAGAGAAGGCUGAAGCAGUUCCAGUUGACCUGUGUCCAGAGUGUGUCCAGUUAGAUGCAAGGCACAGAUUGACAGGCAGCCAAUUAGACAUGGAAAGCAUCGCUGAUAGUAGGACUAGUGAUAGUGCAAUUGGAAGUGAUGGUAGCAUCCAGGAUGGUGAUAUUACCAAGUCAAGGUGGCAGGUCUUGGGAACAUAUGCCAAUCUAAUCACCAGUGGAGUGAAUGAAGUUUUGAGUGUCCAGGUGGCAAGGCAUCUGUUGCAUCUUGUCAAGCAUGGAAACUACCACAUCAAGCAAGAACUAUAUCUUCAUGUAUAUCUGCCAUGCUUUGAGUCAUCAAGACCGAUAGGCUUAGAGGAGUCUAUUGGACUUACUCCCAGGCUGCCAUACCGUAUUACUUCAUCUACUGUCUUGGAGUACUGUUUCAGUGCCCUACCCAUCCUUUUGACCUCUACUUUUGCCCAGGAGCUGUUCCUUAGCCAAGGAGGUCUGAAUCAGCUCCUGCAUUUGCUGCAGUUAGACACCACAAGACCUCAUGUCCUGCAGGUCUUUGAAGUCAUUAUCCUAUCAGGCGAUGAAGAGAAAACGAGGCGAGACAGGAGUAACACAACAGAUAGUGGACUGAGUGCUGCAUCAUCCGUGACUACAGCAAGCUCCACUUCACAACUCAGAUACAACAAUUCUCGUUGCAAGAGAGACCAUGCAAGCACAGUUGUCAGUGUCCUAGAUGCCUUUACAGGAAUUGUCCUAGAAGUUAUCCCUGAGGACCUUCACUCUAAGAGUGACAGUUCAGAUAGCAGUAGCUAUCACAAUCAAUCCGGAGGACUGCACGAACGUUCCAUUGACAGACUGUUGUCAUCCUAUGACAUUGUGGAUGAACCAUUUGAAAGUAUGACUCACCAAAGCAUCGAGUCAGUACUAGGCACUCUUCAUGAAGGGGUGCCAGCCUUGCCCGAAAGAACAAUGUCCGAGAGCAACAGCUCAGACUCUUCUCAGACCAACACAAUGACACCGACAAAGCUCUUCAUGCCACAGGACAGUAUCAGUGUUCUUCCGGAUGCAAGACUUGCCAUGGCCAGUGAUGUCUGGAGGACUUGUGCCAAUCUCAUAGUGUACAGUCAAGGGUUCUCGGAACAUUUCAUGCAAAGCUCUGUGGCAAACCAGAUCCACAAGAUCUUGAACGAAUCCUUCCUUGCCUUAGCUCAGAUCACCAAGGAAUGUGACGUGUUAGAGAUCAGCCUGGAGUCUCUCCAUGACACCACCAGGAACUACACUGAUGAUGAGAUCAACAAGAGAGACAGGUUCCAUAUCAUGCUUAGCAUUGUGGGCUCUCUUAUGAGGAUACAACUCAAACUGUCUAAAGAAGUAGCUGCAGGAAAGUUUGAGGGAGAAGGAAUGGGCCACAUCCUUCGCAAUGUGAAGCAUCACCUGACAGAGUCAGACCUGCUUGGAUCCAGCCCAGGCAGAACUGUAGCUGACACCUUGCUCAAGCUGGCCCAACUAGAACCCCUGGACUCAUCACAGUACCAGAUCGGUAGCCUUUCCAGGAAUUCACCUAAGGAUGAUGGUGUCGAUGGAAUGAGCUGGAACCUAGAGGAGCUUCAAGAAGCUUCUGAUGAUCAGAGCAGUGAGCUGAGUGAUCUAUGGAGUGCUGAAGGAGGUUAUGAGGCUGAUAGCGAGAGGGACGAGAGAGAAGAUGCCCUGACAAACAACAAGCCAGACAGGGAAGACUUGAUUUUUGCCCAAUCACAGCAGUCUUUGGUCUACCCUGAGGUGUGUCAGCUAAUGUUAGAGGUUCUCUCAACCACUGACGGAUGUGCUAGGAAGAAAGUCCUUUACUUUCUCCUCAAUCAACUCAUCUCCUUGGUGAAGGGUAAUGAGUCUUGUAAAGCUAGUCUCAACCAGUGUGGAGUUCCUACCAUCAUCUUAGAAGGAUACCAAACCAUUCUACAGCAAGAUGAUAAAGAGACAAGUGUUGAGAGAGCUUUGCUUCUGGAGUUGUUUUCUGAGCUGGUUGAGAACAGUAUCACAUCAUCUCAGCUCAGGGGAUAUCUUACUCUCUUCCAAUCACCUUCAUCUCCUAUGAGCUGCCUGUUGUCAACCCUCUUGACCAUUGCCAGUAGUGCUGUCACCCAGCCUGCCACUGCCAUCACCUUUCCAGUCAUGCCUGAACCCUCCACCAGACCAAACACCCCUCUGCCAAUGAAAGUGGAGUUGUCCAGCACACCAGAAGUCAGUGCCUGGAAUGCUUCAGCAACACAUCUUCCACUCAGGAACAAUAUCAUGUGGACUGUUCCACUCAGUAAGGGGGUUGGUGUUGCCAUGUGGCUGAAGACAGAGGAGAGGAGGAAAGGAGAAUUUGGAGAGAAGAUGAAGAAGAGCAAGACAAGAACGAGAUACCUGCCCCACUCAUCUAGUGCUUCAUCAAUAUCAAGCUUGAACAGAAACCCCCUCUCAUCCCAAUCUAAAUCAGGGUUGAAAGGUCACCAGUUUGACCUCCAUCUUGUGACCCUUGGUACCCGUGAUAUGACCUUUGAGGUCUGGCUGGAGUCCAAGACUUCAAAGCUGAUCUUCAGAAUUGGUCAGUCAUCAAAUGACCAUCAGAGGACUGUGUUACUAGCAGAGACUGCCUGUGCUGGUAUGCUGACCAGUGGUCAGUGGGAGCAUCUAGUAGUGACCUAUCAUGAAAGGAAAGAUGACUCCAUGGUGCUAGGCAUGAUCUCUGUGAUAGUGAACGGUCAUCAUAGGAAGGACGUGAUGGUGGACUACAACUACUCCUCAGUCAUGGUCAAGAUUGCCCAGCAACCCAUGUUAUGUCUGAUUGGUCAUUGCUUGACCAAUGGCCAGACACAAGGACAUGAUGCAAAGCCACAGGGGGCAUGGAGUCUUGGACAUAUGCACAUCUUUAAUGAUGCCAGCGCAUUGCAGAAGGAAGCAGCGGCUUUCCACUUGUUCUCCAUGGGACCUGACCUGUACGCACUCAGCCAGUGUGAGGGCAGCAAACGCACCCGUCUCUACAGUCGUCAGAUCACCAAAGACAUCAUGAUUGCUGGAAUCAAGCCUGAUAUUCUCUUUGGAGACAGGGAAAUUGAUGAGAAACUGUUGAGGGAGAGUCUAGUAGCCACCUACUCUGCCUCAUCCCCGUCCAGCUUCAGUCUCUAUCAAUCCACAUCACCAGGCACCCUUAGCAAAGUUCUCCCAGGAAAGAUCAUUCCUCCGUCCCUCCUGCACUCACCAACCCUCAUGCAGGCUAUACAACAAGCACACCCCAUCGUCAGGCACCAUAUGGGACUACACAAGGCCGUCUACCAAGUUGGGGGCAUCAGUGUCUUUGUGUUUCUCUUUGCCAAGGUGGUUGAGACAUCCAGCGAUGGUCAUCAGCAGGCCAGAGCACUGCAGCUCUUGAUGCAGCUUCAGAACAGCAGCUACGAGAUGGCCCAAGAGUUCCGCUCCAUUUCCGGCCCUCUCAUGUUGUCCAAGGUGUUGGCCUCAGAGAGAUGCCAUGUUGGUCCAGAGAUGUUAAAGGUGCUAUUUGAUGCCUGCUGCAGCGAGUCAGUCGUCUUCCAAUGUUCCCUCCUCCACCACUACAAGGUGAACGAGGAGUCGACAGCCAUCCUCCAGGACACAGAGUUCUUCACCCAGUUGCUUCUUAACUGGAGGGUGUGGGACCGGGCCACGAAGGGAGCCUGGAGGAUACUCCUAGAAGGCAUCCUGGCCCUGAUCAGACAUGAUCAUCCCUUCUACUCGUUCAACAUCAAUCAGAUGCAGAGGGUCGGGCUGGUACAGAAGCUCUUCACCAUAUGCAGAGAGAGACACAGUGAGGAUCUACCUGCACUUCCAGUUGACUCAUACUCAUCAUUGAUAGAGAUCAUUAAGACUAUGGUAGGCAUACCAGCUGACCCUCAUCUCAUGGCUGAGAUCAGUGACUUCCUACUGGCUGUCCAUCCUGCAGUCAACACCUUUGUGUGCCAUGCUCCAUCAAGCUUCUUCUUCAUCUUACACAAAGGGAAAUGGUACAAGUCACGGUCCAGCACACCAUCAGAGAUCUCGUCACAUGACAUGGAUGACGUUCGUCGUCAUGACUUCAAGCUAGGUCUGCCUCCAGUUUCAAGAGAGGAGAUGAUGAAAAAAAAGAAUUCAGUGAAAUAUCAGUCACCUGUUGAGCACUCGGAUGGUGACAAGGCUGUUUCCAUCCAGAAUGCAGUCAACAACCCCCCAUCUCAAGAGGAGGUCCAUACGCCAAGAAAAGAUGCAGAGGAGGAUGUGAACGUAGGAGGAGGAGGUGAUGAAGUGGAUGGUGGAAGGACACUAAAAAGCAGCCAUCAUAAGAAAAGGACUCCAAAAGAUUCAACAGAUGGUAGACAUUAUGGGAGAGAGCGAAGAAGGAGAAGUUCUUCCGAUUCUUCUUCCACCGAUACCAGUGAUGAAAUCUCAUCAUCACCAUCAUCUUCAACCUCAGGAGAGAGUGAGAUCUUAUCAAGUGGAGAUGAGCAGAGGAAAGAGGAGGAGGAGGAGGAGGAGGCAGGACUUGGCCACAAGGCUUGCCAUAUAAAUGGUGAUGAGGAAGGUGGGGAAGGUAUCGAUGAUGAUGUUGGUGAAGAUGAUGCAGGCCCUGGUGUAAAGAGAAAGUCACCGACUGUAAGAGAACGGAGAACACAGAGUGUGAACUUCGCUGGUAUGCAACUGGCUGCCAUACCCGAGGAUGCGUCUAUGGACCUCUCUCAAAGAGAAGAUGAUAUUGCAACAUCGCCCUCAGAUGAAGACUUCCUUUCAGAAUCUAAGGACCGCUCCUCGGGGGACAAGACCACAAUGGUAGAGGAUGAUGGUAACCUGGCAGUCUCAAGCUUUGACAGCCUAGAUGCCAGCAGUCGUGACAUCACAUUGAAUCGACUCUGCUCUGGCCUGCUAGACCUCCUGGCUGAAUGCCUCAUCUUCAUCUCGGAGUCCAAGCUGGAUAAGGUCUUGGGGAUUGUGCUUAAACCAGAGACCCUCAUCGUCUUAGCACACCAUCACUCAGAGGAGAUACGAACGAGUGUUGUUAAGCUGCUUGAUGUGUACUUCCACCGUGCUAAUGAAGCUCAGCUGUCCAGCUUCCUUCGGAUGCAAGGCUUCCAUCAGCUUGCUAAUCAGCUUCAUCAGUACCCUGCCACACAGGAACUAGCUGAAGCAUGUCUCACUAUCACCUUCGGCAAACCUGUGGAUCUCAAUGAAGAACUUGACCUAGCCUUGAUUCAAGACCUCCCUCGGUUCAGACAGCUCUCUGUGGUUCUUAUCUGUUCUCUCAUGGAGAACUCCACCCACGAUGCUAAGCUCUGCCAUAGCAUUUUAUGUGCAGUAUUACAUCUGUUUGAGGGAGGUCCUCAGCUGGUGCCAGCCCUGCUAGAGAAUGGUCUUCUGGAAGCCACAACGAACACGCUAGCAUCUCUGUGUACCACCUCCAUGGAGGACCUGGACUAUGAAUGGAAGAACUGGUCUUUGACUGUUCUCCUAGAUGAUGUGAGGCAUAUCAUAGCUUGCAUUGCCAACAGGGUCUUCAGCCUGUCUGGCGAUCAGUACCUGCAGUACUUAGAAGAUAUGCUAACCCUAUUGGGGGGUCUGGAGGAGAUGUUCCAGCAUAACUAUGGCACCCAAUCCGCGGCAUGUCGUCUGGUCUGUAACGUCCAGUGUCACGUCAUCAGGGAAGUCCUGGAGCACUUCCAGUCUACUUCCAAGGCCAUGGAUUCCAGCCUCUCAGCUGGUCCCAGAUCAGGGAGCCUUCAACGGAGCAUCAGCUACUCGGAGCGCCAGUAUGAUGCAUACACAUGGAGAGAACGGAUGAAAUCACUUGGAGAUAACCCUGAAGCAGCUGAUAUCCACAGCAAAAGCAGAGAUCAGCCAUACACCAACGACCCUAUCUGGGACUACAGGAGACCUCGAACCUCUGUGCCAAGUGUCCAUGGAGACCAUUCCUACUCCUUUACAGGACUUCUCCCUCCGUCAGCCGCAGCUCGCCGCUAUUCAAGCAACCUAGACUCUUUGCUGCGAUCAAGGAGAGGAGAUGGUGUGAGAGGAGCUGGAUCUGGACGAGGUGGGAACAGAGAUGGUGGGCAGGCCACGGAGCAGGAGAUGGCAAGGAGGUUCCAGAGGCUCUGUCUCCUGGCGGUCAAUCUGGUUGUAAACUCUGACCUGACCCAACCUGGUUCUAGUCCAGCCAUUCAACUUACCGACGACCUCCCAACUCUUCUCACUAAGGAUCUCUUUCAUCUACUCAUUGAAGCAAUGGGUGCCACCAUGGAGAAGAAGGUUGUUAGCAUCAGGCGUCGGCGGUUUGACAGCAUUGUCUGGUCCUCUCGACAAACGCUCCAGCUCCAGCUAGCCCGGCUCCUGGUCCAUAUGAUGUCUCCAGCCCAGGACCUAACACUUCGGAUCUUCACAUUGCAAGUGGCUCAUGUGGACAAGUCUAGACAGAUCCUCAAGUGUGUUCUACAAACAAGCAUGCAGCAAUAUGCCAGCAAGCUUGAGCUGUAUCUGUACGACCUGCUCCAUAACCACCGUGAGGACAUGUCGGACACGGACCGUAUGUUUGGCAUGAUCCUUGGAGAUGUUCUCAAGGAAUGUGGCUUCCAGUCGUUCAACCCUGAUGAGGAUGAUCCACAGGCUAUCAAGAGUCUGGAAGAGGACUUGAGGACAUCUUGGACAGACAUUGAUAUUGCAAGGUCAGCAUGGCACAAACAUCGUUUAGACAAGGCGACCCGACUCAACCAGAGAUUGAGUGAUAUCGCCAGGGAGAUUACUCACUCUGCUAUGGAAGUCACUCAGGUUGUUGGUAAAUACCAGAAUAAGCAGCGUUUUCAGUUCUUGGAGCACAUCAAACAGGCCAUGUCAUCUGCUCUAGACGUAAGGACAGCUUGGCAACAUCUCAUUGAACAGCUCACACAUGAGAGAGCUGUAUGGUUUGAUCCAGAAACCUACCCAUCGCGCUGGCAGCUGGAUCCAACAGAAGGACCAGGGAGGGUGAGGAGAAGACUCCAGAGAUGUCAUCUCCUCAUCCCCAAGAAGUUCUUCCUACCGGACGAACAAACCAAACACAGAGAGAUGUGCUCUCGACCUCUGGCUUAUCUCUUUGACAGCAGCUCACAGUCUCAGAGCUCAUCAGAACUCAAAAGGAGACUGCAGAUGAAUGAAAAGAUCAGCCUUUCAUCAACAUGUGUCAAUGUCACACCCGCCACUGAGACCAGGGGUGAACUGCUGCUAGGCAACAACAGCAUGUACUUUGUGGGUGAAGAGCCUCUGAAGAACACUAUUGAUGCAAGUCACACUAAGGUCUCUAUGGGUGACACUGAUCUGAUGACCAUCUGGUGGACAUACACUGAGAUCAAGGAACUUCACCUGAGAUGGUAUCAGCUGAGAGAUAAUGCUCUGGAGAUCUUCCUGACCAAUGGCAAGACUCUACUGCUUGGCUUUGACAACACUGAGGAGCGUCAGACCAUCUUCCAACAGAUCAAGUCCAUGGACCUGCCAAACUUGAUCGAAGUGGACAGUGUCCUUGCGCUCACCCAGGCGUGGCGACUCGGUCAGAUGACCAACUUUGAGUAUCUGACCCAGCUCAACAAGCUUGGUGGACGUUCAUUCAAUGAUCUCAUGCAGUAUCCAGUCUUCCCGUUUGUUCUGAACAACUACAUUGAUGAGAAGAUAGACCUGACCACAGAGAAGUGCUUCAGGGAUCUCACCAAGCCAGUGGCAGUGCAGAAUAAGGACAGGGUGGAGAGAUACAUGGAAAACUACAAGGCUUUGCUUGAAGAGUACGAUAAGAACCACCGUAUGGGAGAGGAGGCCAGCACUUUGGUUAUCGGGCCAUACCACUACGGUUCUCACUAUUCAAACAGUGGCACAGUCUUGCAGUACCUUGUCAGACUCCCGCCGUUCACUCAGAUGUUUCUGCACUACCAAGACAAUCACUUUGACCUCCCGGACAGGACGUUUCAUUCUAUCCAGACCUCCUGGUUUCUUUCUUCCUUUCAAUCUACCACGGAUGUUAAAGAACUCAUUCCUGAGUUCUUCUUCCUCCCAGAGUUUCUCUUGAACAAUCAAGGCUAUGACUUUGGCUGUCGUCAGUCCGGUGAGACAGUGCACAAUGUGAUCCUACCCCCUUGGGCCAAGGAUGAUGCAAGACUCUUUGUCCAGAUCAUGAAGCAAGCCCUGGAGUCAACGUACGUCACUCAGAAGCUCCACAGUUGGGUGGACUUGGUCUUUGGAUACAAGCAGCUUGGCCAGCAUGCAGUGGAUGCCAUCAAUGUAUUUCAUCCGGCAACGUACUUUGGUCGUGACACACGUACCAUCAAGGACAACACCAAGAGACGUGCCGUAGAGACCAUGAUCAAGACGUAUGGCCAGACCCCUAAGCAGCUGUUCACCAACCCCCAUCCUCAGCACAACGAUCCUGAUCCGGUCAUUGUGGAUUCUGCCAUGAUGGGCAGUGUCAACAUGGGAUUCUUGACCUCCUUCACCUCCAGGUCUAAGGGAUCAUUGUCUAGUGACAAGGGCACCUUCAGGGAGCCUGUGUCUCACGUGAAGGGGAUGCGAUGGGGAGACUACCUUGGAUCCCCUGCUUCCAGCGAGCCCAUGGUAAAGUGGCAACAGGCUUUCAUGACCGCACCCAAUCAGCUCAUCCCUCUACCUACAGGCAAUGUGUGUGGUGUGGCUGAGAACCAAUGUCUGCUUGUCAUGUACAGCAAGGAGAAAAGUGUGAGCAGCAUGUAUGCAGUGGACAUCAAAUGGUCAGGAUUCUUGACCUGGGGUCAUUCAGAUGGUAUUCUUAGACUCAAGCACAAGGCCAAGACCCCUCCUAUCAACUUCCUGCAGUCCAAUACGAAUGAUGAGAUUACCUCAUGCAGUUCUGUGUCUGACUGUCGUCUGAUGUUCACUGGAAUGGCCUCUGGUAUGAUCAUUGCAUACAAUAUCAAGUUUAACCAAUACAAGCAAAGCAGCAUUGAAGUGACCCGGUCAGUGGUGCGUCUUCUUGGUCACACAGGACCGGUCACCUGUUUGUAUGUGUGCAGACCAUACAGCAUACUGGUCAGUGCCAGCCAAGAUGGGACAUGCAUCAUCUGGGAUCUCAAUAGACUUUGCUAUGUGAGAUCAUUGAAAGACGAGACCAAGCGAGGGGGUAGUAUCACUGCUGUAGCUGUCAGCGAGGUCUCUGGUGACAUUGCAUCAGCUUCAGAUGUUGCCUCUGCUGAUGUCUCUAUGUUUCUGACAGCGGCAGGUGUAAGUGAACUAACACUCUGGAGUAUCAAUGCUGAUCUGAUAGGACGAGUGUUCUGCCACAGUCGUAUGCUGUGCCUGUCCUUCUCCACCGCCCCUGAGGGUAUCUCUAUCAAUGCCAUAGCUGCUGGCUGCUAUGAUGGCAUUGUCAGAAUGUGGAGUACACUGGAUUUGAGUCCACUCAGGAACAUCUCACCAGAAAUGCAUCAACCAAUUACAAGCUUAACAUUCAGUCACGACUCUCACUUCCUGUUCACCUGUGAUGAGGAUGGUCUGGUGAUUGCCUGGGGGAAGAAGGACACCAACAAGAAGGUGCCCAAGUUUGAAGCCUUCCUCAACGCGCCCAGGAACAGUGGAAGCAGCAGUAAUCUAGAAGCAAGUAUGUCUUCACAAAGGUAGAAGGAAAGCUCCUAAAGGUGUCCAAGUUUGAAAUCUUCCUCAACGCGCCCAGAAACCGUGGAAUCUGACCACAGGCACAAGGGUGCCAAAGUAAUCACUGCAUCCCAAAAGUACUUGGAAUACCAGUAACCUGGAAACAAGUAUGUCUUGCCAAAGUUGAAGGAAAAAUAAUCCGGUGUGCAGUCUUUCUAAUUUUACAGGAGAGGAUUUCCAGUGUCCUACUGUCUCUGACAUUUGAGGAGGUGGUACUAAGCAGAAGUAGUAAAAAUCAUGAAAGACAUCAGAAGUUUAAUAUAGAAAUCAAUAUAUAUCUAAGUUACAAAUUUACAAAUCAGAAAUGAGAGGGAUUUGAGUUACAUGUAUAUCUAUCUACUGAUCAAUAGUCUGUAGGCUGAAGCAUAGGAGGCGUUAUCAGGAAUUUAGCAAUGUGAGAUUAAUAUAAUGUUGUUUCGUCGAAGCAAGUUCAUAUUCAACACAUUAUUUUUCCCAAAAUAUACAGUAAAGCCAAUUUUGUCAUCCUUUCUUGUUUCUAAUGUCCAUUGAGUAUAUAUAACAUCACUGCUUAUUUCUCAAUUUAGAUACACAAUGGUGUUAUGCUUAGAGCAAUGGUCUGAACUUUGGAGGGUCUGUGUUCAGAAAGAAGUUGCCUUUCGCAAUGAAAGACUUUAAAUCAUUGUUAGCUCUUCUCUUGUAUAGGUUGCUUGUUUGUUUAUGUUCCCUCUACAAUCUACACUCACUCGUUACAUGAGCAUCUACAGUAUGAAGUAUACAUCUCUCAAUCUCAGUAUAGCAUGGAUUACAUGUACAUGUAGUUAAUCCAUAUUUAAUGUGCUUUGAAUGCAUAUUAUAUUCACUUUGAAAUACAGUAAUAUCUACACGUAAUUUGCUUUUGUCAGUCUUUGGGAGCUAUUUUGUCUCUUGUGUGUAUUGUUGUGUUCUCUCUAUAAUGGUAUCCUAACAGGCUGUAGAAUUAUUUUAUUACACUCUGAAAUAAAUCAGUUGGCUUCCACUCCAGCAAAUCAAAGAAGUGGCAUUAGUAAAGUGAGUCUUCUAGAAGCAUUUAUAUGGAGUUAUUGUUGCAUGUAUAUAUAGAUAAGGUGUCAUUUAAUAGAAUUUACUAUCUAUUAGAACAUCUAUUAUGCUACAUUUUACAUUUUCAGUCUGGUUGAAUAUGUUGGGGUUAAAGGCUUCCAUCUAUGAAUGCCUUUAACGGGUGCAUUUGAAAUAAAAUUCAGUAGAAAAUAAUUUAUCCUGAUUUUCGUCCAAUGUGUAGAUAUAUAUUCACAUAACCGUGAAGAGAAUUCCAUUAUGCUUAUACCAAACCUAUUAUAUAGAUCAAUUAAUAUACAACUUUAUAUGUCAUUUUCAUUAACAUUUAUGCUAUCAUGCAAGUGUACAUAUUAUUGAUAUUGCAGAUUGCAAAUAUGUAUUUUUGUAAGACGGUAAUCACUAUGAGCUUUGUACAUUAUUUUGUUAUACUUUGUGUAUUUUGAGGUGCAAUGCCAUUAAAGCAUUAUAUAAACAUACCGUAUAUCAAGUACUUAAAUGGUUGUUUGCUUUAUGAAUGAACUUUAUGAAUGAAAUUGCAUUGGGAAAUUUGGUUUUCUAAGUUUACAUGUAUAGUCUAUAUGCAAUUAUUUUGGAUGAAACAAGAGUGUUCAAAAUUGUUUUAUAUUACAUAUCUAGUUCACUGAAAAAAUGAAAGGCUUGGAAGAGAGAAUCAUAUCAGUUUGAUAUUUUUCCUUACAAAAGUAGUCUUAAAUGUUUCAGAAAUACCUUGUAACAGAAUUAAAGUCUAAGAUUUAAAGUUGAGUUGGUGCAAUAUUUGUAUAAUUUCAUCUCUUUUUCUUUUUCACUAAAUCAUGAUAUAUUUUGUCUGUAAAUAUAAAAUCAUACAUUUUAUCACGAGUUUUGUCACUGCCUAGACUGGCCAGAAUUUAUUUUAUUCAUUUGCAUUCUGCCUCUUGUUUCAGUUUCACUCAAUUGCUAAAUGUGCCAAAUAUCACUUUGAAGUGAAAAUGUUCAGGUCAUUACCUCUCCAAUACUAACAGAUAAAGCAACAAAGCACAGGGAACUUAUUACAUCCGUUUCCUUUGAAAAGUUUAAAGAAAGGCGAAUUCAUUGUUUUUCUUCCCUUCAAUUGCUUCAUAGCUUUUCCCUUAUUAUGGGCUUUUGUCAUUUACAAAACAAUUGCUUCUCGUCACAAAUGCUUUUUUUCUUCUCAUUAUUUUUUAUACAGAGCAGGAUUGAGAAUGGUAACUAAUACAUGUUAACCCUUUGUAACUCUGUAUUUACCCUACAUAACACAUUAUAAAAUCCAUUUAUUCAUAUUCAUGUGCAUUUGUGUAGGAUGAAAAUACUUGUAAAGUGCACAAGCUACCAUGUGGAGCAAGAAAUAGAUGUAAAUGUGCCUUUCGGUGAUGCAUGUUCUAGCACGUUAACCCGAACGGUGGACUGCCUUGUUUAAUAUAUCUGAGGUUCCACAUAUUCAGUAGUUGAGAUCACUUGUAAAUGUGCCACUUGUCUUUGGCUUCCCUCACUGAAUGUUUAUAUUUUUCCAAGAAGAACCCUGAAUCAACGGUUUAGUUGAUCUCAUUGAAACUUGGAUAAAACAGAUUACUUUUGGUUGCUCGACUCAAGAACUAGUUUAUUUUUCCUUUGUUUUCGUCCGUCAUAACUGGAAUCAAUUUGAUUCAAAUAUAAACAUUGAUUUUCAUGGAGAUUAUUUCAGGGGAGAGUUCAUAUACAACAGAUCAUCGUUUCAUUUUUUUUUUUACAUGAGAUUACUUUGCUAUUUUAAUUGCAUGUGACCGAUUUACCCAUCAGCAUUAUAUUGGUGUUAACAAGCAUUUGUGUUUUUUCCCUAUCAAGUAUGUACUUUAAUUAAGUUAUCUGUGGAGCAAUUGGAAGUAUAGAACCAUGCAUUUGUUUAAAAUUCAAAUUUAUAUUUUGAUAGAGCAACCUACAUAAUGAGAGAUGUGAUGUUAGUACUAAUUAUAUAACUUAAUUUGCCAAGGUAUUGUCUACAGGCAACUCUGUUUGUGCAGCAUGUACAAAAUGUAUUUUUAUAUAUGCAAAGAAUAAAUAUAUACAAAGUACUAUGGUGAAAUGA